AUGAAAUUGGAGCAUCUCAUGCAAGAUUUGAAGAAGGGUGAUAUUUUUGGUCCUGUUAAAGCAGCAUUGUAUACAAUUGAAUUUCAAAAGAGAGGCCUUCCCCAUGCUCACAUCGUUUUGUUUCUAGCAAACCAAUCCCAUCUUGAUUCUCCUCAAGAAAUUGACCGAGUCAUUAGUGCUGAAAUACCGGAUAAAAAUGAACAGCCAGAAUUGUUUGAAGCUGUUAGUAACUACAUGAUGCAUGGACCAUGUGGUUUAGCUAACCCAAAAUCUCCAUGCAUGGUUAAUGGCAAGUGUUCCAAAUACUAUCCAAAGCCUUUUAACUCCAGCACAAUCAUUCAUGAAGAUGGGUAUCCCCGUUAUAAAAGACCAAACAAUGGUCAGUAUAUUUUGAAAAAUGGAGUUCCAUUAGACAAUAGGAGUGUGAUUCCUUACAACCCUACAUUACUGUUAAAAUAUCAGGCUCAUUUAAAUGUUGAGAGAUGUAAACAUGGGGAAUCAAUUAAGUAUUUGUUCAAAUAUGUGAGUAAGGGUCAUGAUCGAGCUACCAUAGCCUUUUACGGUGAGUCUUCAUCAGGUGAGAGGGAAGUUGUUCAUGAUGAAAUUAAAAUGUACUAUGAUGUUCGGUAUUUAUCUCCAUGUGAAGCUGUUUGGAGGAUUUUUGGCUUUGAUAUAAACUAUAGAACUCCAUCAGUUGAAAGACUUUCCUUCCACCUACCAAAUCAGCAAACAAUUAUUUAUGCAGAUGAAGCUAACCUUGAUGAUGUGGUUAACCAUAAUGAAGGCAAACCAACAAUGUUCCAAGCUUGGAUGAGGGCAAAUGAAAAAUAUGAUGAAGCACGUGCUUUAACAUACUCUGAAUUCCCAACCAAAUUUGUGUUCAAAAAACCUGGUCAUUAUUGGGACUUUAGAAAAACAGGAUUCUCUAUUGGAAGAAUAUGCUAUGUUCCCCCUGGCACUGGAGAAGCCUUUUAUCUUCGUAUGUUGUUAGCAACUGUUAAAGGGCCAAGAUCUUUUGAGGAAUUGAGAACUGUUGAUGAUGUCCUCCAUCCUACAUUUAGGGAUGCUUGCUAUGCCCUAGGGUUACUAGAGGAUGACAAAGAGUACGUUGAUGCUAUUCAGGAGGCAAAUCAGUGGGCCACUCCAAAUUACCUUCGUCGCCUGUUUUGCACAUUGUUACUAUGUAACUGUAUAUCACGCCUUGAAAUUGUGUGGCAGCAAUCAUGGAAAUUAAUGGCAGAGGACAUACUUUAUAGCCAACAACAGCUGACAGGCCAUCCUGGACUUUCUCUUAGUGAUGCUGAAUUGCAAGACCAUGCUUUACAUAAAAUUGAAGAUUUGCUACAACUUAAUGGGAGAAGUCUUCAAGAUUAUCCAACAAUGCCUUAUCCAGCUCGAUCAUUAAAUGUAUCAGCGGUCAAUAAAUUGGUGUUGGCUGAGUUAGAUUUUGAUCGUCAUGUCCUUAAGGAGCAAUUACAUGUCUUUCUUCGAAACUUAACAGAAGAGCAGAGUACAAUCUACAAUACAAUAAUUGACACUGUUCAUAAUGUGCGGGGAGGGCUAUAUUUUGUUUAUGGAUAUGGAGGAACUGGGAAAACAUAUUUAUGGCAAACAUUAUGUGCAUCAUUAAGAUCUGAAGGGAGGAUUGUUCUUACUGUUGCAUCGAGUGGCAUUGCAUCACUUUUAUUACCUAACGGUAAAACAGCCCACUCACAAUUUGCAAUCCCUCUUGCCAUCACUGAAGAUUCAGUUUGCAACAUUAAACAGGGAACACCACUAGCAGAGCUUUUAAUUCAGGCCUCAUUGAUAAUAUGGGAUGAAACACCAAUGGCAAACAGGCAUUGUUUUGAAGCAUUGGAUAGAACAUUACGAGACAUCAUUAGAAGAAAUGAUCCUAAUGCUAUAGGAAAACCAUUUGGCGGAAAAACUAUGGUGCUUGGAGGAGACUUUAGGCAAAUACUUCCUGUCAUACCACGAGGUGGGCGUGAAGACAUUGUCUUUGCUACUAUUAAUGCUUCAUACUUGUGGAAUGAAUGCACUGUCUUCACAUUGACUAAAAACAUGAGACUAACCAAAGGUCAUUACACAGAUAAUGUAGAUGCAGUAACAAAGUUUUCAGAAUGGAUUAUUUCUGUUGGAGAUGGCAAUGUUGACAUUGAACCUGACACAGAAGAUGUUAUUACCAUACCUAGAGAUUUGUUAUUGUUUCCAUUAGGGAAUCCUAUGGAUUGCAUUAUUGACAGUACAUAUCCAAGUUUGGUUGACCGCCUAGGCGAUGGGUCUUACUUCAAGGAUCGUGCUAUUCUAACAGCUACAUUAUCUGUUGUUUAUGAAUUGAAUAGUUAUAUGCUUGCAAAGCUACCAGGUGAGGAAGUCAAUUAUCUUAGUGCUGACAGUGUUUGCAAAUCAGAUGGUGCCAACAGUUCCAUUGCAGAAAUACACUCGGUUGAAUUCUUAAAUACAAUCACAAUGUCUGGAUUGCCAAAUCACAAGCUAAGCCUUAAAGUCGGUGCUCCUAUAAUGUUGAUGCGAAAUAUUGAUAAAUCCAUAGGUCUUUGUAAUGGGACUAGGUUAAUUGUCACACGUUUGGAGAAACAUGUGAUAGGAGCUGAGAUUAUCACAGGAAGUAAUACUGGCAUGCAUGUCUUGAUUCCACGCUUAACCAUCACACCAUCUGAGACGUCUUUGCCUUUCACUCUAUGUAGAAGACAGUUUCCUGUAAUGCUAUCUUUUGUAAUGACUAUAAACAAGAGUCAAGGUCAAAGUCUUCUCAAUGUAGGGUUAUUUCUGCCUCGUCCUGUCUUUACACAUGGUCAGUUAUACGUUGCUAUCUCACGAGUGCGGCGACGGGAAGGUUUAAAAAUAUUGCUCCUUGAUGACAAAGGCACUCCUACCAAUAAAACUUCAAAUGUUGUUUAUAAGGAAGUCUUCUGUAACCUUUUGAAUUGA